AUGCCGUCCUCCGUGCAAUCAAGUCAUUUCAAACUGCUGCAGCAGUUCAAGCCUGACUAUUCGGCUAGCGAAUUCGCCGAGUAUGAAUCUCAGAGGACUGGAAUGCGUGUGGUUGUCAUUGACCAGAAGGGUCCGAAAGUAAACGGAUAUUUUGUGCUGGCCACCGAAAUUCACGAUGACUCCGGAGCUCCUCACACGCUGGAGCACCUCUGCUUCAUGGGAUCUCGAAACUACCAGUACAAGGGUUUCUUGGAUAAGCUGGCUACCCGUGCAUAUUCGAGCACCAACGCCUGGACUGCCACAGAUCACACUGCCUAUACCCUUGAUACAGCAGGCUGGGAAGGGUUUGCCCAGAUUCUACCAGUCUACCUUGAGCACGUCAUUGCCCCAACACUGACUGAUGAGGGCUGCUACACUGAGGUACACCACGUUGAUGGAACUGGAAAUGAUGCCGGUGUUGUAUACUCAGAGAUGCAGGGUGUGCAGAACAAUGCGGCUGAGCUUAUGGACCUCGCUGCUCGGCGUUUGACCUAUCCUGAGGGGGUUGGGUUCCGCUACGAGACUGGAGGCAUGAUGGAGCAGCUUCGCGUAUUGACUGCGGAGAGAAUCCGAGAGUUUCACCGUGAGAUGUAUCAGCCUAAGAAUCUUUGUCUGGUUCUUACUGGUGAGGUGGACCAGCAGAAUUUGCUGGACAUCUUGGAUAAAUUUGAAGAUACUAUCCUAGACGUUAUCCCCAGUCCUAGUGCUCCAUUUAAACGCCCGUGGGUUGAUUCAAAACAGGCACCGGCCCUGGAGAAAUCCGUCGUCCAGAAAGUUGAAUUUCCCGAAGAGGACGAGUCGUUUGGUGAGAUCGAAAUCCGGUUUUUGGGACCGGAUUGCAAUGACCCUAUUCAAUCGGGAGCUUUAAACGUAGCUCUCUUGUACUUGGCCGGAUCAUCUGCCUCUCUACUUGAGAAUGUUAUUGUUGAAAAGGAACAGAUCGCCAGCGCAGUCUACUACGCAACUGAAGAGCAUCCUAACAUGGAAAUCCGCUUUACUUUGACCAGUGUGGAGACCGAGAAGCUGGAAGAGGUAGAGAAGAGAUUCUUUGAGAUCCUGAAGGGUGCCAUGGACAAGGGAAUCGACAUGAAAUACUUGAAGGAAUGCCUUGACCGCCAGCGGCGUACGUGGAAGUUCACCACUGAGAGCUCUGCAGCAUCCUUUGCAGAAUACGUCAUCACCGACUUCUUGUUUGGAAAGAGAGACGGCUCGACUCUGCGUGACGUCGCGACUCUGAAAGAAUACGAAGUGCUCGAGAAAUGGGAGGAAGAUCAGUGGCGGGAUUUCAUUAAGAAAUGGAUCGCCGAUGCACCUCACGUUUCGAUUCUGGGGGUCCCAUCCCAAAAUUUGUCUGAGAAAUUUAAGAAAGACGAAGAGGCUCGCGUUGCUGCUCAGAAGGAGCGUCUCGGCGAAAAGGGUCUGAAAGAGCUCGCUGACAAGCUUGAAAAGGCAAAGGCCGAGAAUGACCGGGAGAUCCCCACGGAGAUGCUGGCCAAGUUCAAGAUCCCGGGUACUGAAUCUAUCCAUUUCACGGAGACAAUUACUGCCCGAUCAGGCGCUGCUCUGAAGGCUGGACGCCCCGAUCAUGCGAUUCAAAAAAUAAUCGAUGUCGACGCUGAAAAGGCCGCCUUGCCACUUUUCAUCCAUUUUGAGCACAUUCCCAGUAGCUUCGUACAAUUGGCUGUUCUCAUCUCUGCGCAGUCUGUUCCCAUUCAGCUGCGUCCUUUGUUGUCGAUUUACACUGAGGCCUUCUUCAACAUUCCAGUUGAGAGAGAUGGCAAGACCAUUGAUUUCGAGCAAGUGGUAGUCGAACUGGAGAAGGAUACUGUUGGGUAUUCGAUGGAGACUGCUCGCAGCCUUGGAAACUCUGAGAUGCUUCGUGUUUCUUUCCAGGUCGAGCCUGAGAAGUAUGAAACCGCCAUCGCCUGGCUACAGGAGUUGUCAUGGAACACCAUCUUUGAUGCUGAGAGACUGAAAGCUAUCACCACACGUCUGUUAGCCGAUGUUCCUGACUCAAAGCGCAGUGGUGAUGAUAUGCUCAUUGCAGUCCAUGUAAUGGUUCACUACGCAGAGGAAUCCAUUGUCCGGGCCCGAAACACAUUGGUUAAGGCACGUUACCUCAAGCGCGUCAAGCGUCUGCUCGCUGAGAAACCCGAGGAGAUUGUGAGCCGCAUGGAGGAGAUCCGCAAGUCGCUCUUCCAGCCGGAAAAUGUGAGAGUGAUUGUCAUCGCAGAUCUAGAGAAGCUUCCCCAGCCAGUAUCGGCCUGGAAGCCUUUCGCCGAGCGUCUGGGAGCCAGCGAUUCCUUGAACCCCAUCCCUAACCGUCGUGCUCUGCUGAGCGAUACUGGCAGGUCCAUUGGUGGCAAGUCAUACAUCGUCCCCAUGCCAACUGUUGACUCGUCCUUCGCGUACGCUACCGCUCGUGGUCUAGAUUCUUACGAUCAUCCCAAGUUGCCCUCCCUAUUGGUUGCUACUGCCUAUAUGAAUGCUGUUGAGGGUCCUCUUUGGGUUGCCGUCCGUGGUAAGGGUCUGGCAUACGGUACCAACUUCAGCCACAAUAUCGAUACAGGCUAUGUCAACUUUGACGUGUACCGGUCUCCGAACGCCCAAAAGGCCUUUGAGGCCAGUAAGCAGAUUGUUGAGGACUAUCUUUCUGGAGCCAGUGUUUUUGAUCCGAUGAUGCUGGAGGGUGCUAUCAGUAGCAUUGUGGUCAGCUUCGCCAACGAGCAGAUGACCGCUGCGAGCUCUGCCCAGGGCAGUUUCAUCCGCCAAGUUGUGCGCGAUCUGCCCAGCGAUUACAAAGAGAGAACCCUCAAGAAAGUUCGAGACAUCAGUAUCGAUGAGAUCAAGGAGGCUCUCCGCGAUAUCAUCCUGCCGCUGUUUGAUGCCAAGACGGCCAACUUUGUCGUCACUUGUGGUACUGUUCUGGAGGAGCCCAUCAAACAAGGCUUCGAGGCUUCCGGAUUUACUCCCGUUGUCAAGGCUCUCAAGGAUUUUGAGGACGACUACGGCUUUUUUAAGACUGACGGCGAUGAAGAAGAGGAAGACGAGGAAGAAGAGGAAGACGAUGACGAGGAUGAAGAUGAUGAGGACGAAUUGGAAGAAGAAAGCGAUGAGGAAGAUGAUGAGUGA